AUGCGCCUUCACCUUGUUAUCUCACGCCAUGGCCUCCCGGUUACCCGUAUUCUGUGGACGACAACAUCCUCGUCCUCUGCACUAGGGGAAUAUGGCACCCACCACCCGGCCUCGGCGUCCAUGGUUGCCUCGUCGAGGACACCGAACAUCGCCUUUGCCAAUGGUGGGUAUACGGUCGCGCAGUUGCUGGAGGAUGUGAAUGAGGUUGUACCGCUAGAGACCGAGCCUACCAUAUUCGAUCCCGAGUUCAGUGGCCAGUGGGGAUUGGAGGACUACGUGGUUGAGGUUGGCGGGUCUGAAUGUCUGCAUUUCAUGGAGGUGGAUGGGCUGUUGAGGGAUGGUGACGAAGUUGUUAUUCGAGCGCUCCAGCUGGCUGACCUUCGCGCUCGACGGCUCUGCGGUCGUCACCAAAUCACCGGUGAUGGCAAGCAUCUCAUCGACGGUGUGCCAUUCGGUAUGCCUUUCUACAAGCGAACUACCGCCACCCGACCUGCGAUCACCAUUCCGCCUAGAAAGAAACGACGGACUGUUUUCUCCGGCUGGGACCAGGGCCCAGCGUUUGGAUAUGAAGAUGCGAAUGCUGGUGUGAAUGCUGAGGAUGCGGGUGAUGGAGAAUGGUUGCCUCCAAAUAACGCCGCCUUUGGAAAAGAGCUUUCGAUUUUGCCCCCAGACCACGAGGUCUCUGACAUGGGAACCGUGAUCAGACACCCUGUCAACUAUUCUGGAGACACAGACAAUGAGACAGAUGGGUCAGAGGAUGAAUCAGAUGUGUCCGAGGAGGAAGCAGCUGAUUCUGCGGCCGAAGCGGAUGAACUCGAAGAUGAACUCAAGGCUCUCAAGGAGGAGUUUGAAGAGCCUGCGUCUCAAUUUAUUGAUAUUCGUGCGCAAAGUCAAGUGUCUGCUGGCCAUGCUCUUCGCGCCAGUUCUAUCGCUAAGCGACCAUCGUCGGCGGAUACCCAAGGCAAAAGCUCUCUUGUCGGGGCAUCCUCUUUGUCAAGCAAACGAUCUCGUGGAGAGGAUUCUUCGCCUAGAUCGUCGAAGGCCGUUAGGUUUGAUAAAGUUAAACACGGUGCUCCCGGAAUCUCGGACAAUGACUUCCUCAGGGGGUCCUCGGCUUCUUCGGUGACCAGCGACUUGAGCGCCGAGUCUGAGUCCGACUCCGGUGAUGAAGAUGAGGAGGAAGAUGAAGAUGAAGACGAGGAGUCCUCGGAAGAGGAAUCAUCUAUUUCUUCAUCCUCUGACUCUGAUGACUCGAGCUCGAGCUCAGAAGAGGACACGUCCGAGUCUGAGGACGAGGAAGUUGACCUGCCUCCCCAAAAGAUGAUUCAACCCAUGAUUAUCAACCCUCCCGGAGAGGGAUCUACCCGAACCAAGAAAAGCAACCAGCGCUUCAAGCUGCGACGCAGACUAUCCAAGUUGAAGGAGCUGGGUGUUCUUCCAGAAGAAGCCGACUUUGCAGCUCUUCGCACAUGGGAGGAGCAAAACGGAGGCUGGCACGUUCCCGAUGAGACAAGCAUAUUGUCUACUACGGCUACCACCAAGGCACAGCGGAAGGAGGAGGAACAGCGCGAGUUCCAAGCCAAGCGAGAGAAGCUACUCCGUGCUCUGGCUAGUGGAGGUGUUGAUAUUGACAAGACCUCCGAGAAGGAAAAUAUGCCUCCUUCGCAGCCUGCUGUCGUGGAAGAAGCGGUCUCCACGGAGAAGGCUACGGCUGAAAAGGCCGAGGCAGAGACUUCUAAUCGACGCACUCUCGACAUUGCGAGCUCGCGGCGGCUGCUGUUUGGAUCUCUGGGAGUUCGUACGCCAAAGACCGAGGAGGACGAGGAAGCCACACGGAGAAAGCUAGCUGCCAAGGCUAGUACGGUCCAUUCUCGGAAGGUAUCAGAACCACAGCCGGCCGAAGAGAUGGUGGAAGAGAGUGAUGGAGACAAUGACUGGGAGAACAAGCUGGUCAUCAAAGCUGUCGAGUGUAUCUAUGAUGACAUCGAGUUGAGUGCCCCGCCAUUCCCAUUCGAGCAGCGUUGGGAUGAGGAUGCAGAUGCCCUCAUCCGGCAACGAAAGGGCUGGGGCAAGAAGCGCAAGCGCAAGCAGAGAAUCCAAGUCUACAACGGAGAAGAAGAGGGCGAGUAUGAAGAUGGCAAUGGCUACGAUGGUUAUGAGAACAACAUGCAACUCAACUACGACAACGAAUGGCCUACAGCGGAGGAUGAGACUACGAAUAUGGAGAGUUAUCAGGAGAACGCUGAAGCGUACCACGAAGCCGCUGAAGCUCACGUGGUCGAUGAUCUCCCUACUAUGCCAAGCGAGCCCAGCUCCGUUGCGGAUUUGGUUGAAGGCGAUGCAAAGGUCGGGGCAAUCAUCGCUUUCCGACAGUUGGACUUGUCCAAAGCGACCAAUUGGCAACCUCAAAUGUCAGAGUAUCGUGUCGCCGAGGUCCAUCAAGUUCUUGGCCAUGGCAAUCUCAAUGUUCGUCUUGCUGUGCGCGACCGACGGCCCAAGGCAGCGGAGAUUGACCCAGAAGAUGACCAAGGUCGCGAGUACAGCGGAUUUGAAAUGCCUGGGAUGGAUGACGAAGAUGAAGAAGACGAUGGCUACCGUGAGAUUGCGUUUGCCGAACUCAGCGAGCCCAAGCUGCUGCGGCCUGCACCUGAAGGGAAAGACGACGCGGCGAAUGGGAAUGAAAAGAAGGCCACAACGGAGGACAACCCCAGAGAAGGUAGCAAUGAAUCUGUAGUUGAGGAUUCCAUGCCCAAUCCCCAGUUGACCUCGCCGCCUCCGCCUAUCGAUAUGGACCUAGAUGAAACCACGUUCGUCACCACUAUCACCACUACCAGUUGUCCCCAGUCUCCAAAUGGUUCUCCUGCGAGAGCUUCUGAAAUGCUUUCCGGCCGAACCCCCGGUGGUACGCGAAUUAUCAUUACGCGGAGCGGAGAUGCGGAUGAUGAGCACAGCGACACACCUGCCGUUCCUUCGCCGUCUUUCUCUGGAUUCCAUUCUGCGCGGUCGUCGCCGGGUGCGAGGUUAGGUCCACGCUUCCAUGAAACCGGAGAGUCUAAUCUAGAAGGCCACACGCUCAUCGGAGAUCAGUCGAUGCUAGCUGCGGACAACUCUCAUCAAGAUUAUUCGACCAUGUCAUUCCUAUCUGCCAACCAAUCGUUCUCCGAUUUUCUGCAGGAUAGUACCCAGCAAGAUCGCCAGGUCGUAGACGAUACUUUGGUCUCUGGGGGCAACGAUUCGCUCUUGUCAGUGGUACACAACCCAACUGAACAUGCCUCUGGAAAGUCAACCCCCGUUCGCAGCCAUAUCUCAGCCAGCCCUAGUAUCGCACAAGACGAAAAGUCCGUCAAACCGACAUCCUCUCAGGGAGCCAGCAUUCUGGAACUCCUGCAAAGCGGCUGGCCAGAAGGAGACAACACAGAUCAAGAAAAAGACGAAGCCGACAAUGAUGUGAAUUCCCCAGAAGACCACGACAGCGUAAUUCAUAGCAACCAAAGCCGUCAUCUCUCCCCAAACCCACAUCCAUCUUCUAAACCCCCAACAAGCGCACAACAAGAACCAGAACCACACUCUUCGCCAAACCUGAACACAGAUUCCUUGUUCCAGUACGACUCGCCCGCGGCUUCAACCCGCUCAAAACGCCACGCUCCUAUGUCUGCUUCGCAACCGAAUUUCUCACAGACCUCUGAAAUCAUCGAUCUCACUCAGAGUCCAUUCCCGACAUCCCCGGAACGUCCUACGUCGCAGGGUGGUCCGGUGUCGGUGUCUAAGGUGACCGGUGAUGAUGGUCCCCCCUCGAGCAAAAAGUCUCGUAUGUCGGGCAAGAUCCAGGAGAUGGCGGAGGUGAUGGUUAGCCCUGCAACCAGCGAGAAGAAGUUGAAGAAGAAAAAGAAGAAGAGAUCCUCGGGGAUCGUUUAGAAGGAACUAAGAACUUUUGAAACCGGUUCUCGGACGAUUGGGAUUAACUUCAUGACUUAUCAAAGACAAGUCCAUCUGUAUCUAGUAUCUGUCGCUACACAUAGCUUUUUUUUUCCUUGUAUGUAUUAGGUAGGCGUCUAGGCUUUGGGUGCUCAAUACCAUUUCGUUAUUUCAUUGUCAA